AUGGCCUUAUUGAAUGUGACGAACGACCUACGGACCCCCGUCGAAGUGAGACUUCGGAGUGAGGAGUGGGAGCUUGUCUAUCCUAAGAUGUCCUGCGACGUCAAAGUGGCGGAUACGGCGGUCACCUGUGUCGAGAUUCGCUUGGUGGAAAGCCCCGAGGUGAAGGGCAGCUGCCAGGCUCGUAGCGGCUCCUCGUUGUGGGCUUCCGUGGAUUUCGAUUCUUUCAGCCGACAAGCGAAGGGCCGCGACCGAGCCGAGGCACGGGAGCUGGCCCGUGAAGGAAAGCGACGGGAGGAAGCCCGCAAGCGGACGGAAGCGAUGAUCAAGGAGGCCGCCGCCAAGAAACGGGACAAAAAGGCGUGGUCUCAUGUUGCAGCGAUGGGGAUUUUCGCUGGGCUCCCAUUUGCCCUCCUUCUAGUUUGCGUUUCCAUUCCACCCGAGAGCACCGUUGCAGCCGCACUUCUGGCCAGUGCUACUGUGCCUCUGUGCUGUUGCAUCAGCAUUUCUUCCUUCUUUGGGACUAGUCAGAAUGAAGACGAACAGUUUAAAUAUGGAAAGUAUCACACGGUUCUCCGCGUUGGCCUUCGAUUAGUGGGCAUCCUGGCUUUGCUGUCUCUCGCAGCCAUGACGGUGCAGCACACCCUGCGAGGAUACUGGUGGACGGCAGUUAUCGCUUGGCCUGUGGCCAUUUGCGGUGGCGUAAUGUUCUGUGUUUGCUGCUUCGUCGACGUCGAAAUGGACGACGAGCAGAGGAAAACCCUCGAACGAGAGCGCGAGGAAGCCCACUGCGAAGUCAGCAACCGGAGCAUCCGCUUCGAAGGAAGCGUCCUAUGUGAACCUGGCCGCCCCUGCGUGGCCAGCUGGCCUGGGAAGUACGAGGGAGCCUGGGAAUCCCUGGUGUCUCAGGGCCGAAACGGCGAGGUCAGCGCGGCUGUCGUCUUCCUCCCGCAGGGCACGGAGGACUACGGCCAGUGCGACAGCAUCCCCGAAGCUGAAGGCCUACCCGGCACCUGCUGGUGCACACCCCUCUAUGGGGAGCAGAAACCCUGGGGGUGCAGGUGGUUUACCAAAUGGAGGGAGAACAUCGAGACGGCGGUGGAGUCCGGAGCAGAGCUUGAAGUUUAUUACUUCCAGAGGCAUGUGGGCAAAGGCCAGGUCGAAAGCUUCGAAUCUGCAGGCAAGGACAACCUCCAGAGAGAAAGGGUUAAUAAGAAGCAAAAAGAGUUCGAGGAGUCUCCUCCAUUCGAGCAGGCUCUGAACGCUGGCCUCGGCAAUCUCUCCAAGGAUCCACGUGGCGACGGAUCCUCGCAGUACAGCCGAGAAGUGCGGCGUCUGUUCCUCGCAUCCCUCCCGGAAGCAGAACGCGAAUUUAUCACAUCCGCAGAAGGCCUGGGUAACUCCCAGAAAGCAGAAGUUGCCUGGCUAGAAAAGAAAGGCUACGAGUACUGGGGGGUGGACGUCUCCACCUGGCUUCCGGGAGAAGGAGUUGAGAUCUGCGUCCCAGCAUCUGCCGAAUGGCAAGCACAAGUCUGCGACGUUUCCCCAAUCUCAGUUUCGGUCGCCAAAGAGUAG